AUGACAACUGCCAUAGGCAUUGUCACUCCCAAGUCGCCGAAGCCUUCACACUCCGUGCCUUUCCAAAGAGCCAACAAACGCUGGCCCCCAAUGGCGAACCGCAACGCCCUUCCCUACAAGCUCACCGUCAUCUCGAAAGAGAAGUUGGCGCGUGAAGCCACCGCUCCGGACCCGAGCCUUCGCCGCUGCGUGGCACACUUCCGCCUACACUGCGGCUCAGUUCUGUGGACCGAGAACGACAUGAAGUCUCGUAUUAGCUCAUUCGAGUUUGAGGAGACCGACGAUGAAGACGAAGCCGAGGACGACAAGGAAGAGACACCUAAGUUUGUCAAUAUUCCUGUCACCCAAAUACCAUCGAAGGACAUCAAGGCUGCUCAAGUCGCCGAGACCGAAAUCCUCGACAUGGAUUCCAAGAACUUCUGCUGUGUCUCCGUUACUCCCAUUGCCGCCUAA